GAGGAGGAGGAGGACCGAAUUGAACACCUGCAGCCACCUGAGCGCACGCAGCUGUAAUUCGGCAGUGGGGGCCGUGGAAUGCGUGUAUGUAUGGUUGUGCCUUCCUUAAUCCCGCCGCCGUGAAGAUGAUGCACUCGAGCACCGAAAGUGGUCCAGUGGGGCGCGAGGGCUUGGUGCGUGACCGCUAACUUUCUUCUCUCUCUUCACAGCAGAGAAAUUCUCGGCCGUUGACGACGUAGGAACCGUGUCUUCUGCGCCGAAUUGAUCGUGUCCGCGGCGUCCGCGCACCCUGUCCCGUGCACCCCAGACGACAAACGACCAACGACCACCAUGGCUCCGUCGGCAGGAACGACCGACGUCAGAAGCAUGGAUUUCAUCCUCAAGUCCUUCUUGGCUGGAGGCAUUGCUGGCAUGUGCUCAAAGACGACGGUGGCACCCUUGGACCGGAUCAAGAUUCUGCUGCAAGCACACAACAAACAUUACCAGAACCUAGGAGUGUUUUCUGGCCUGAUGAACAUUGUUAAGACGGAGAAAUUCCUCGCUCUGUACAAAGGCAACGGUGCACAGAUGGUGCGAAUUUUCCCCUACGCAGCCACCCAGUUCACAGCUUUCGAGAUUUACAAGAAGGCCUUGUCUGGAUACCUUGGAGCGAACUCGCAUGCCGGCAAGUUUCUCGCUGGAUCUGGGGCGGGAGUGACCGCAGUGACCCUCACGUACCCUCUGGAUACGAUCAGAGCUCGACUUGCCUUCCAGGUCACUGGCGAACACGUUUACACGGGCAUCGUGCACACGGCCGUGUGCAUCUUCAAAGAGGAAGGAGGAGCGCGCGCGCUCUACCGAGGCUUCCUGCCCACCCUGUGCGGCAUGGUGCCGUACGCCGGCCUCUCCUUCUACUGCUUUGAGCACCUCAAAUUUCUCUUCAUGAAGUACAUUCCUCACCUGAGCUGCGACCAGUGCUCCAGAAACACAGGUGGUCUUGUGCUGACUGUCCCUGCGAAGCUGCUCUGCGGCGGUCUGGCCGGUGCUGUGGCCCAGAGUAUCUCCUACCCUCUCGACGUGACGAGACGUCGCAUGCAACUCGCCAUGAUGAUGCCGGAAACCAAAAAAUUCGGCUACGGCAUGGUCCAAACGCUGACGCUGAUCUACAAGGAGAACGGUGUGAUGAGAGGACUGUACCGAGGCAUGAGCAUCAAUUACCUGAGAGCCAUCCCCAUGGUGGCUGUUUCUUUCUCCACCUACGAACUGAUGAAGCAGAUGCUCGACCUCGACACCGGCAUGAAGUUGGGCUAAGCAGCCGAUGCACGGUUCUUGACUACGGACAACUUCCUGAUCAAUCAUGACUGCGCUACACGAUAUUUUUAUACUUGUACAGUGCAAAUAUGAAACUCUAAUGCCAUUAGAGGCAAAAUCUAGGUAACAGCUGUUGGAAAUGAGGUGGAAUAUAAUAGGGCUUAAUUGUUGUUCACGGAUCAAAAUUUGACUAAUCAAAAAUAUUGCUCGGAGGAAGUAAAAUCUGAUUAAUAUACAUAUUUUGUCUUUGUAGGCAGAAAAUUAUAUAUUAUUUCAAUGCUCUAGAGUGUAGGAAGUGGCUUAGAUGCGUUUGCUCAAAAUUUUAUUAUUUGUUAAAUAUUAUUUAUAAACUAGAUGGUAAUUUUUUUAAUUUAUGAUAUGAUUAUUUAGUUGAUUUGGGUUGUUUUGUGCACCUGCUUCAACUUCAUAUAUAUUGACGUUAUCCGUUGAACACGGUUGUGUAUUGUCAACUUUGUCCUUUUUGAAUAAUUAAAAAAAAGAAAUGCCUCAUCAAA